GGACCUUAUCAACAAAUUAUAUAAAGGUGUUGACGGUUACUACAGCAGUUGGGACCACAGAUCAAGUUACAAAGCAACAGCAGAGCUAACGUGUACACUACAAAAGAGAGAAUGCUAAAUCAACGUUCUUAGCAGUUAUUUUGUGCUUUUUUGUUCAGCAAAAGAUGACUUGUAUAUCGAAAAACCUAAUACUCAAACGACAUAUCACAUCCACGGCAAUCGAAAUACGGAAUGAACGCCUCUGGUCAGGCUGCUCAAGGUCGUUGAAACGAAACGGCGGGCAGACUUGAACUUUAGUUCAUAGAAAUUCAUGUAAGUAAAUGAGAGCUAGCGCUAGUGCUUAUACUACCGCACCGUCUAAUCCACCAUCUAUUCAUCAUGAACCAAACUCCAAUAUCUUCAGAAACUCUAUAGAACAUUCACAGAGCCUUACUUCUAGUAACAGCAUAGUUAACACUGUUUCAUCACUAUCAAGAGAUAAACCUAUUAAUGAGGCAGGACCUAUGGAAUCAUAUGAUAGUCUUAACCUGCAGAACCGUUUGGAAAAUUUUAAACAUUGGAGUGUAACAACAUUCAAAUGCACAAAACAAAUGAUUGAAGAAAAACUUGGAACAGCAAGUGUAACAUGUGAUCAAGAAUUAGAGGAUCGAAUUUCAAUGUUUAGAAAUAUGCAUCAACAGUAUAAAAUAUUGCAUAACCUCGCUGAAAAGUUAGCUAAUAGUUUUCGUGAAACUAUUCAUCAUCAACGUGCAUUUACGAGUCAUAUGACUACUUUAAUUGUACAGCAGCCUGAUUUAAGCAGUGAAUUCACCUAUAAUACAGAAACCCAACGUAUUGUUAUAUCAAAUGGAGAAAAAUUACUGGCAUCAUUAAACCAUUUUGUUAAUUCUUUGAACACACUGGUUAGUCAUACAUUUGAAGAUACAUGGACUACUGUUUCUAGUAUGCAGUCGGCUCGUAUACAAUAUGAUGCUUAUCGUAACGAAAUGAACCAAACAAAAAGUAAAAAACCUAAUGUUAAUAAUAAUUCUGACACUGUCACACCCACUACGAUCACAUUGUCAGGGAACUCAUUUGCCACUGACUUGAUUCACGAUAAUCAUAAUUUACAAUCACGAUUAGAUGCAGCUUGUGGACGGUAUUCCCAAUUGAGAAAAGCUGUUCUAUGUAAAUUGGAAUUUUUACAAGAAAACAGGGGUUAUGAUACAGUCUACCUGUUCAAACUGAAACGAAGGUAAAGUGUCAAACCUGCAAGCUAAUUAGUAAACGAUAACUGAUUUAAGCAGUCUCCAUUUUUAAAUGGGUGUCAUCAGUCAUUUUCUAUGUAAUUUAUCUACCACCAACAUCAAUGAUAUUGAUUCGAUAUUUUCAAUCUCUACUUGUUUCAUUUUCAUAUUUACACUUCGCUUGUUAUUAGUUGCGUGUUAUGCAACACCAACUAGUGCUUUUACAGAAUGCAACAUCAGCAUUCUUCUCUGGAAAUAAUCAACAAUUGGAUCAACUUUUAAACCAGUAUAAAAUCAAAUUGUCAAAUACACAAAAUGGGAUUAGCCAUUAAUUAGUUUUCUUUUUCUAUGUUACUGUUUCACUUGCAUUUCCUUUAUAUAAUAUGAAAUAAACACAUGUGAUUAAGUUUUGCCUUGUAUGUGCUGUGCGCCCAUUAAGUGAAAUACAUUCAUAAAAAUGAACUGCUAAUAUUUCUUUCGACAGAUCAUUUUCAGCCUAUAUAUGUAUUUACACACGAGUGCAAAAUUUGUGACUUAGGUGAUACUAAUUAUGGACAUUUACAGUGUUUUGAAUUUCGAACUUUUUAAUUAUUCUUAGUUUUUUAUUUGGUAAUGUGUUAUUCCGUUUGUAUUUACUGUUUAUGAAGUUGUUGCAUAUCUUCAGCAAUCUAUAUUUACAUUUAAGUAGUAAAUGUUUGUGAUUUUGUACAACUGCUAACCGGA